AAUGAUUCUGUUUGAAUUCGAGACUGAGUCAGUAGGGCACGAGCACGUUCACUAAUGAACAAGUCUCGUUCUGGAGCUUUCGCUCAGUUCACGUACAUCGUGUAUCAUCCUCAUCUCAGUAAUUUCUUCGGCGUCGUUAUUGCUUCGCGCGUUCGUCUUCAUCGCGUGCAUAAAUAGCUAAUAUUUCGCGACUAUAUUAUUGUUUGUAAUUUUCGAAUUUUUCCAUUCGGUUUGUUUGUAAUUAUUAUUUGUUUUUAUCUGGUUUAAAAUAUCGCGAACCGCAUUAGUGAUGUGAUCUUUUACGAAUAUGUGGUGAUUGUACGAUUGGAAUUAUAUUAAAAUAUAAGUUUUUUCCAUUUAUUUUUUACAAAGAAUUUAGUGUAUGUGAAGAAUGAUACUUGUGUAAGUGCGCAGCUGGAUUCUUUUCCGCGGAUUACACGUUCAAGUUUGGAAAAUUGCCACAGGAAUUCGAGUUAGUUUUUUGGAUGUUUGGAUUAAGAUGCCAGAUCGGGUGGUAGCCUUACAGCUACUGUCAUCGUAUUGGUUAGCUGUGAUUCUACCGCCCUUACCGGGAAUACUUUGUUUCAGUGCAAUAUACAAUAAUGAACGCAUUUCCGCUUUUUCUAAUCUUUCGCCAUAUUUUCACCAAGGACGCAAAUUCGGUGGUUACAAAAUCCUUCCAAAACCUUGUAAAGAUACGUCGUCGCCGCAAAAAGAGAACACCGGUGUUUGCAUGUUCAAUUAUGAAUGUACGCAAAGAGCGGGAACGGUGGUCGGCUCCUGUAUGGAUGGCUUCCUGUACGGCACAUGUUGCAAAUUACCAGUCGGCGUAUCCGUGUCGACCGUCGAGGACACAUCUCCGGCAGCCGAUACGACGUCUUCGAAACCAGCGUCGUUCCUCUCAUCUUCGGCGGUCAACGACCAUCGUUCAACCACCAUCUCUCACCAUCACGCCAAUAAACCACCUCACAUAGAGCAUUCGCCGGAAGAAACCUUUCUUCUAUAUAAAAACGGCACCGUUGUACAAAAUGUAUAUAGUCCGGAUGAUUUUUUAUUCUUUACUAAACAACAAACGCCAUUAUACAUGCACACUAGUCCAUUACCCGAAACCGAUAUCUACGAUAAUACCAAAGUGCACCACCAGCAGACUGUCUCAGAUUCCAACGAUUUGAAUAAACGCGCUACGUAUCAUUAUCAAAAGCUCACGACGUUAUCGAACGGCGAUAACGCUGCUCAUAAUACUAAUAGUAAUAGUAAUAAUAAUAUCAGUCCUAGUCAGAUAUUCGAUUUAGCCAUGUCUUCGUAUAGCAAACCACCAUCGACGUCUACUCCAAAGUCGGAAAAUCGUCACACCAGUACGACUCCUAAGCCAUAUUACACUACUUCCAGUAGCCGAGAACCAUUCAGUCCGAAUUUCCCAUCUAAAUACGGUUCUUCGAUGGCUCACACUACGAAAAUCUCGCCUCCGACGACUGUCCGUACCAAUGACGGAUACAGCAGUAGUUCAACAUCUAAAUAUCUGUUCAGUACAACUCCUCAACUAACUUCCGUCUACGGAUCGGAAAUUACCAAUAAAAACGACGUAUUUGACGAAGACGAGAACCUAGUCAGAGUACCAACUUUGACUGCGGAAAACGUUCAUAAUAAAUAUGGUUCGAACCAGAACAACAAUUCGUCCAUCAAUCAUAUUCUGUGGCUUUUGAACGACACCAGAUACGAGUCGGAAAUCGAGACUGAGACAGCUACUCAACCUACCCAGUCAUUCUACACUUGGUUAUCGGUACAGAAUAACGCUGAGAAAAGCAGUAGCCAAUCUUAUCACACUAAACCCGUCACCCAUAGCAUAUAUCACGAUAAAACCAGCAGCACACCGAUGAGCAGCACGACAGUUCAUCAUAUUCCAGGACCAGCGUUCCACGUCACACCCGAAGUGAAAAUCACGCCUAAACCACCGAAUAACGCCGAGUCGGUGCCCACAGUGAUUGUGCUGACUUCGGCUCAAGACACAAACCCCAAUCCGUCACCGUCUAUUGGCCAAAAGAAGCCUGUAUUUAGUUACGCGACUACGGCCAGUUACAACGUUAGUUACCAUUUCCCUCAAGCUGGUUCGAGCUCCAGCAAUAAGCCUUACGUCAAACCCAGUUAUUCGUCGAAGCCGUACCAAGAUAAACCUAAACCAACUUACAGUCUUCUGAUUACUGCCAAACCAUCUCAAGCAUCUAUCAGCAGUAGUAGCACGAUUCGUCCAGUUACUGCUGGAUAUAUCUCGAAGCCAAUCUACAGCGAUCUGGGCACGUCUUCGAAGCCGGCUCUGUUUUCAACCACUCCAUUCACUACAUCCCAAAAACCCCCUCUAAAGGCGCAAAUAACCCAGUCAACGUCGAUCUAUACGCCUAAACCAGAGACACCUUCGACUUCAACGAUGCCUUCGUUGAUGCAAACCACCAUCGUUACAACAGCGAAGCCAAUAUUUGGCUCGAAUCUGCACGCGUCAGAUAGUGUUCUGAAACCAGUCUACAGUCCAUCGCCAAUCCCAUCGUUGACCAAUUCAGUACCUCUGUAUUCCACAUCGAGCUACGUCUCCAUCAAACCAUCUGGUAGCAAUUUAUACAGUACAACUCCUCCUUUGUAUUUCGAGGAUAAUCCAACACGUCCUGUAUACCCAUUCGGCAACUACCUCAUCAACUCGACCGAAGACCUGAUAGCAUUUCCACCAGUUCGAGACCCGAAUGUGAAUUUAACAGCUACUCAACAAGAGAACCCCUUGAUAACAUCGACUACAACAUUCGGCGACGACGAAACCGAAGUAACACCUCAAUUCGUAGUCGACAAAACAUUGGAAGACAAAGUGCACGUAUUCGUUGAGAAAAUCGUGCAAUCUUUACAAGGUAAUUUCGAAGACCUCGAGAAGGUCUUGAUUACCGGAGAGUCGACCAAUAACGUCACCGUCAGCAAUGGCAGUCCGAACAAAAAGCCGACGACGGUGACCAAAAAACCGACUAAGAAGCCCACAGGUACGACGAAACCUUCGUCAGCCCGACCACCUUCGGCCAAACCAGCCAUUACCACGUUACCAGUUACUCCUACUCUUAUUACCAAAAAGCCAACGAAGAAGCCGUCUUUAGCUACCACCGUGCAGCUAUUCCAGCCGUCGUCAACGGCUCAAAAUACCAUUGUCACAUUACCCAAUAAGAAGCCAAUCAAAAUUACUACUACGGUUUCCAUAUUACCGGCGUCGUCGUUGUCGUCGUCCACUGAGCAGACGCCCAGUUCGGUGUCUUUUUACGAAGAGGAACAAUUUGUGACUACGACUAAAAUUGGGACUGGAAGUGGGACUGGUAGCGAGGAGCAAGGUGAUUUUAGAAGAGAAUGUGGAAUUCGACCAUUAGCUCGUAAAAAUGGUAGGAUUGUCGGAGGUAAAGGAUCAACGUUCGGUGAAUGGCCAUGGCAAGUAUUGGUCCGAGAAACCACGUGGCUGGGUUUAUUCAAGAAAAACAAAUGCGGAGGGGUGUUAAUUACGAAUAGACACGUCAUUACCGCAGCCCAUUGUCAACCAGGAUUCUGGGCUCAUUUAGAAGCAGUAUUUGGCGAAUACGAUAUCAGCGGUGAAGUGGAGUCGAAACGAAGUGUCAGCAGAAACGUACGAAGGGUUAUUUUGCACAGGCAAUACGACGCAGCAACAUUCGAGAACGAUAUAGCUUUAUUAGAAUUGGAAUCGCCGAUUGAAUUUGACUCUCAUAUUGUGCCUAUCUGUUUGCCUGACGAUGACGAAGAUUUCACUGGUCGCAUGGCCACUGUUACCGGUUGGGGAAGAUUAAAAUAUGGUGGUGGAGUGCCCAGUGUUUUACAGGAAGUUCAAGUUCCUGUUAUAGAAAAUCGGGUUUGUCAAGAAAUGUUCCAGACUGCCGGUCAUUCCAAAGUUAUUUUAUCCAGUUUCCUUUGUGCGGGAUAUGCCAACGGCCAGAGGGAUUCUUGUGAAGGCGAUAGUGGCGGACCAUUAAUGGUAGAACGAAACGAUGGUCGCUGGGUACUGGUAGCGACUGUAUCUCACGGUAUCAAAUGCGCCGCCCCUUACUUACCUGGUGUAUAUAUGCGAACCACAUAUUAUAAACCAUGGUUACAAACGGUAACUAAACUUCAAGGAGUUGCAUAAAACCAGUCUACCAUUCAUCUGUAUAUUUUAUAUGUUUAUUUAUUGGAUCAUUUAUUUAUUUUUUUAUUUAUUUGUAAUUUAUAUGAACAUUUGCCAUAUACUAUGUACGAUAUUGUUAUGUUUCUCUUUCUUUUUUUUUUCUUUCAUUUUUUUGUAAUUUUUUUUUUUCUUUUUCUUUUUAUACGAAACCCAUUUUUAUUUUUAUUAUUUAUUCGCUGAACAUAUUUGUGUAAGAUCAUAUAAAAGAGAAAUGCCGCAGUGAUCGAAGCUGCUGUAUUGCGUUUGAAAAUCAAAAUAUUGAAAAAACGAGAAAAUAUGUUCCUAAAUUCACAAUUAUUCGAAGGCAUCUCUAAAGUUCUCAAAAAGUAUUAUUAAUAUUUUUCCUUGUUAUUUAUGUAUAAGUACUAUAAAAGACCGAUAACUUUCUAGAAAACUUUCUUCGUGUACAUUGUACGUACUUUUGUACACUUCGAUAAUAUCGUAUUGUUACUAAUUUAUUUUCUUGAAAAAUGAUGAAAAUAAAAAAAAAUUAUUUCUCGAAUUCCGGUAACCACAAGAUACUUUCUCUCAGGCGGCGACCGCGUAUGUACGAUUCUUUUGUAGGUAUCUUUUCUCAGUAUCUACAUAUCGAAUUACUCUAUAUAUUACUUUCCAAAGUUUGAUAUUUUGAUACAUUUUACAAGAUAUCAAACUAUUUAAAAUGCCAUUACAAAGGGUAAUUAUAUGUUUCAUCACGCUUUAAUUAUUUGUAUAGUUUAUUGUUUUUUUUAUUUAUUUAAAAAUUUUUUGUUAACAUUUAUUUUAAAGUUACUGUGUGUUUUUUUUCUUUCUUUUUUAAUACCAAUGUGUCUUAGGUUUUAAGAUUUAAUUUAAUUUUUAUAUUAACAAAAAAAUACACCCCCACACACACACAGGACUAAUGAUGAUUUUGGAUUUAACAUUUAUUUACAAUUAGUUACGUAAUAGGUACAUCGUAAAAUGGUUUAAUAGUAUGGAUAAAGAAAAAUAUUGAUUGAUUUAGUAAUCUGCCUGUAUGUUUUUUGCUAACAAUAUUUCUUGUUUUGUUUGUUAUACAACUGCAAUACAAUUUUUUUUUCUAAAA